UAACAUGAGUGACAACGAGAAAGAUUUCCGAGAGCAGGUGAGUUUUUAUUGCAAGAAAAGAGAUGCUUGAUUGACGGUAAGCUAGCUAAAGCUAGUUAGCUUGAUUGUUUGCAGCUGUCGUGUAUCUGCGAACGGUUAAGUAUGAAACAAAGAAAAAAAGUUAAGAGAAUUUUUUUAAUGUGUGAGAGACUGCAAUUUAUUUUGUGGCUAUUUGCAUAUGUUUAUCUAUAAACGUAUUUAAGUGUCGAUGUCUCGUCAAUAUCGGUCAUAAUUUCUAAGCUAAGCCAUGCGGCCUGCUAACCAUGGCUUUCGGAAACGGUGGUUUGCCGCCAGGGUUAGUUUACUUCAUUCAUAUUGAUUUACGCCAUAAAUUGAAUAAAACUCGAUUACUGCCAAGAUUUAUAAGGUAUUUUGUAACUUAAUAUCGAGCAAUGUUAGUGUUCAGCUUUCUAUGAUUAAUAAAUUAAGACAUUCAAUAUGCUAACUUAAUUUUGUUGUUUUCCUGGUUUUGUUGUUUUUCUUUGCACAUUUUGGUAUAAACAGAAACCAACAUGCCUUAUCAUCCUUGUUUGUUCUUUGUCAAGGUUAAGGUUGGAAGAAAGAAAAGGCGGAAGAAGUUUUUUAUGUUUGAAGCUGAUGGUGUUGAUGCAUGCUAAUGUAUUGGAUGCUGAAAAGAGGCGAUCAAGAUCUGACCCCACUUCUAGUGUUGUAAUGGCAGAUGGUAAAAGGGGGAAGAGGAAGAGGAAAAAGAAGUCAGAAUUUCAAACGGAAGAAAGAAGAAAUGAAGGGUUGUUAUGAAGUAAUGAAGUAAAAGAAGUUAUGAAGUUAAGAUCAGAAGUAUACAUGGGUAUGGGUAAUUUCUCAACAAUAUGCUAUGUUAUUACUCUUUCACCCUGUUUCUUUCUCCUUAGCAUGCUCGAUUUAUUUCCCUUCUCUAUCAGACAUCACUGAUCAGUCCCUCCAUUAUUUAAAUUCAGUUUUAUACUGUUUUGUCGGCUGAAUAUACAUUUUUGUUUUAAAUAUUUGAUGCAGUAUAUAUUUUUAUUUAAACUAUUUCAAAAUAGUAUCAAAGCUGCUAAUGGCCAUACCAUGGUGAACUCCUUCUGAAAGAGGCAUUCAGGCGGUGAGCGUCAUCACCUCCUGUCCCUUUUAGUUUUGUGUAAUCUCUUGGCUGUAGAAUGCUUCUGACCCCAGUCUCUGGUGUGCCCAGGACUCACGGGGUGGCUCAAGGAGUGCGUCCCCCCGGGGCUCAGGCAAAUCCACCAGUCGUUCCCCGGCACGUUCAAAAGAUGGCUCCAGAAGGUCACGGUCCAGAUCUCGUUCGCGAUCCAGAUCCAAGUCCAGGUCCCGUUCCCAUCGGAGCUCACGAAGGCACUACUCCCGUUCUCGAUCUCGUUCCCGCCGCCGCCGUUCUAGGAGUCGAUCACGUAGCUCAGACUACCGUCGACGAAGGAGCCAUAGCCGUUCCCCAAUGUCCAAUCGCCGCAGGCACAUUGGCAACCGGGGCAACCCUGACCCUAGCACUUGCCUUGGUGUGUUUGGUUUGAGCCUUUACACCACUGAGAGGGACCUCAGGGAGGUUUUCUCGAAGUAUGGCCCACUGAGCGAUGUUAAUAUAGUGUAUGACCAGCAGUCGCGCCGCUCCAGGGGAUUUGCUUUCGUCUACUUUGACAACUGUGAAGACGCUAAGGAGGCCAAGGAGCGAGCUAACGGCAUGGAGCUUGAUGGGCGCAGAAUCCGUGUGGAUUUUUCCAUAACCAAACGAGCGCACACCCCCACUCCUGGAAUAUAUAUGGGACGCCCAACAUAUGGUGGCGGUGGUGGUGGUGGUGGUGGAGGAGGAGGAGGUGGCGGCGGCGGUGGCAGCAGCGGCGGUGGGGGUGGUGGUGGUGGAAGUGGUGGUUCAUCACGCCGCUCCAGGGACUACGAUAGAGGGUACGAGCGGGGCUAUGACAGAGGAUACGACCGUGACUAUGAUCGUUAUGAUGACCGCGAGUAUCGGUCAUACAGACGCCGAUCGCCAUCCCCGUACUACAGCAGAGGAUACCGCUCACGAUCUCGAUCCUACUCGCCUAGGCACUACUAA